AUGUAUGAACAUGAAAUAUUUGAUGGAAGUGAUAUUAUCGAUAUAAUUGAACCAAUUAAGGAAGGGAAUGUUCCAUUGGAGCAUAAACAAAUAAAGAAGGAAAUAUUAGACGUAAAUGUUACAUUAAAACAUGAAGAUAUUGAUUUAAAUGAAGACUAUUACGGCCAAAAAUAUCAACAUCUUGAACUUAGCCAGCAAUUAAAUACUGAAUUUAUAAUUAAGGAUGAAAUAUUUGAUGAAAACCUUUUAGAACAUCAACCAAGCCAUAGUGAAGACAAAAGUUUUUCAUGUAAUUUAAUUAGACAUAAGCGAACUCAUACUGGAGAAAAACCUUUUUCAUGUGAAAUUUGCAAUAAAACAUUUAGUGGAGAAAAGCCUUUUUCAUGUGAAGCUUGCGAUAAAAAAUUUACUCAGCGAAGCAGUUUAAAUUUACAUGCACGAAUUCAUAACGGAGCAAAACCAUAUUUAUGUGAAGUUUGUGAUAAAACAUUUGCUUAUAAAAAUACCUUUAUUGAUCAUAAACGAACUCAUACUGGAGAAAAACCUUUUUCAUGUGAAGUGUGUGAUAAAUCAUUUAUUAAGAAAGGCAAUUUAAUUGGACAUAAACGAACUCAUACUGGCGAAAAGCCUUAUUCCUGUGAAGUUUGUAAUAAAAAAUUUGCUUUAAAACAUACUCUAAAUGAUCAUAGGCGAACUCAUUCUUAUUAGAGAAACACGCUUUUCAUGUUAAGCCUGUUAGUGUGAUCAAAUAAAAAAAA